AAACCAGUUCUCGUUCCCUACUCGUAUUCUAAAAACAAAACCCAGAAAGAAAGAAAAAAAAAAUCAAUUCGAAAAUAAAUUUCGACUCCGAUUUGAGAAUCUUCUUAAUAGAAGAUGUCGACGGUGUACGUUUUAGAACCUCCGACGAAGGGCAAAGUGAUAAUCAACACGACAUACGGCCCCCUCGAUAUCGAGCUUUGGCCCAAAGAAGCGCCAAAAGCUGUUCGGAACUUCGUUCAGCUUUGCCUCGAAGGCUAUUUCGACAACACAAUCUUUCAUCGGAUUAUCAAAGGCUUCCUCCUCCAAGGAGGUGACCCCACCGGUUCCGGCACUGGUGGAGAAAGUAUUUACGGGAGUACGUUUUCGGAUGAGUUUCAUUCGCGUUUAAGGUUUAAUCAUAGAGGUAUUGUUGCUUGUGCCAAUGCUGGUACGCCGCAUUCCAAUGGGAGCCAGUUCUUUAUAUCGUUGGAUAAAUGUGAAUGGCUUGAUAAAAAGAACACUAUUUUUGGAAAGGUUACCGGAGAAUCUAUAUUUAAUCUUCUGAGGAUAGGCGAGGUAGACACUGAUCAGAAUGACAGGCCUUUGGAUCCUCCUCCUAAAAUAAAAUCUGUUGAGGUGCUGUGGAAUCCAUUUGAAGAUAUUGUUCCGAGAGUAACUUCUAGACCUUUGACCCAGCCUACAGCUGAGGCUGAGAACAAAGAUUCAAAGAAGAAAGCUGUUAAAAAGCUGAACUUGCUGUCGUUUGGGGAAGAAGCAGAAGAAGAAGAGAAAGAAUUGGAAGCGGUGAAGUUAAAGAUCAAGAGUAGUCAUGAUGUAUUGGAUGAUCCCCGUCUCCUAAAGCAAGAAGUUCCUGAUAAAGAACAGGAUUUAGCUGCUGCCAAAGCUGCUAAGGAGUUGCAAUUGUCUGUGAGGGGAGCUCUAAGAUCAAAAAGAGAAGGAGAUAAAAAAGAUGCAGAAGCUGAGUUGUCUGAUUCCCUUUAUCAUAGUGACGACGAUGAAGCCAGUUUUGAUGCUCGAAUGCGUCGUCAAAUACUAAACAGACGGAAGGAGAUUGGAGAUCUCUCACCUAAGCAAAAGAUGCAAAAUGAGAGCUCUAAAGCAAAUGACGAUAAAAUUUCUGCCCGGAGAUCCAAUGAUGAAAGUAGUGAUGAUGAUCAACCAAGGGUUGAAAAGCUGUCCUUGAAGAAAAAGGGUGUCGGAUCAGAAGCCAGAGCUGAGCGCAUGGCUAAAGCUGAUGGAGAUUUACAGUUGUUCAGCGAGGCUGAACGAGGACGAUUAUUGCAAAAACAGAAGAAGCGUAGAAUUCAAGGACGUGAAGAUGAAGUCUUAGCAAAACUUGAGAAGUUUAAGCAAUCUGUUUUUACAAAACCCACUGCUUCUAGCUGUGCGCCUGGAGGUGAUGAUAACGAGGAUUUGUCUGACUGGAAAGCAGUUCGGUUGCAGUUUGCUCCUGAUACCAAGGAUGGUAUGUCUCGCAAGGAUGAUCCAAAUGACUACGUGGUGGUUGACCCUCUUUUGGAGAAGGGGAAGGAAAAAUUCAACCGGAUGCAAGCCAAGCAGAAGCGAAGGGAGCGUGAAUGGGCUGGCAAAUCUCUUACCUGAUCUAUUCCAUGCCUGAUAAAAAUGAUUUGUUGGUUCACAUGAUCGCCAUCGUUUUUUGCUUCGACAGUUCAGCUGCUGCGGGGAUAUGGAUUUAUAAAAUUAUGCAGCCGAAGUCCCCAAAAUUAGACGCAGCCAGCGUCUGAUUUUCAUCGAAGGAAUUAGGUAUUGAUCAGACCCCAAGUUUUGCUAUUAUGUCAAUACAUUUUUUACUCAUUUUAGUGUAUCUUAGAUUAUAUAUUAUGUUGUAUAAAAUUUCAUACAUUUGUGUUUA